AUGGAGUCUAGCAAAUUUGCCGUGACCCUCACUCUCCUAAAUUCCAAAUGCUCUGUCGGACCUCGAGUCUUGACUCUGUCUUCAGAUACAGAGAAAAUCGUCAUCGGUCGAUCCUCCAAGGCGACUAACAAGAAACUCGUCCCAGCACAGAACAAUGCCUGGUUCGAUUCUCGUGUCAUGUCCCGUACCCACGCCACUAUCACCAUUUGUUCACAGAAACAGCAAGCUUCCAUCACGGAUACCGACUCUAUGCAUGGCACCUGGUUGAACGGCACUAAGCUUGUCAGUAACAAUAAGACACCGCUCACGAAUCGCGAUAUCCUGACAUUUGGAGCCAAGAUUACUCGUGGAGCAGAAACCUUUGAACCUCUGAGAGUUCGCCUAGCCUUGCUAUGGACAAAAGAACCGACUUUUGCCAAGGUGGAGAUUCCAAAGCCUAAUAAACGCUACUCAGAGAAUACCUUCGUCGUGCCAGAUGAUGAUGAUGACGAUGACGAAGAUAUAGAAGAUCAUGAUUUCGAUGAUCCACAAGCAGAAGCUAUUGUCGAAACUACUCCUGAUGCUGAAGCACUGACUCGGAAACGCCCUGUUGAAGCCAAUUCGGAUGUCAUCUCCGUUUGCUCCUCUGACGAAGACGAUGGACAGGAAAAGUCUUCCCCUACUUCAUCCCCACUAAGCAAACCCGAAGACCAUUCUACAUCGAAGCCCAGAUACGAAGAACACCCAGUGGUCCCUCCAUCCUCCAGUCCAAAACUCAAUCCCUACAUUAAUCUGGUGGACGAAACGGUUACAAAAAAAUCGGGUCCGCAACAGUCCUCCGCCGCUGAUGCUUGCCCUGACUCAACAACGGGAUUGGCCAAGGAAUAUCCCGCGGUUACGGAUCUUCCAACUGAAGAUGACAGGGACAUCAAUGCAGAAUCGGGAGAUGAAUUUAACCAAUUUUCAGAUGAUGAGCACCUCUCCGUUUCUGACUGGGAAACUGAGAAUCUUCCAUUUGGGACCGAAGCCGCAGCUGACUCAGGUGCUAUCAAACCACGGACCAGCGGCGCAGAAAAUUUAGCUAAGGCUGCUAUUCCCUCCACCCCAGAAUCUCUAAAAACCACAUCCAAGUCAGACGGUGAAUCUGGAGAGCCCGACAGGCAUCCUAACCAUGCUAAUAAUAUGAGCCCAUCCGCGUUUCUGACGCCCGCCCUUUCUAGUGCCUCCAAACCUGGUGAUAACGACAGUCACAUCUACUCCAGGGCUAUGAGCACCCAUGUGUCACGGGAGCAGUCGAGCACUGUGCAUCCCUCAGUUCUGGCCUACAAACCUAGUCCUCCCGAAACGAGGGCAACCGGGAACCGGGACCGGAAGUUUGCUCUCGGUCUACAAAGAACGCCCAGUCCCUCCGAUAAGGCCCUUGCUAGACCAAUAAUCGAUGACUCGCACGGGUCCGUAGCCGAAAACAUAUACCAAGGGUGGGCAUUUCCACCUAAGCCCAAUGCGCAACGAUUGUGCGAAAUCGCUCCUUGCGAAUUCCUUCGCUCCCUAGAGCAAGAAUCAUCAACGCAGGGUGGCGGUACAUCUGCAGUUACUGGCAAUUAUGAUUUUCCUCAUCUUCCCCCUUUGCGCCCGCCGUAUUCUGAAGGCCCCUUUGCCACUUCACACCAGGAAGAAGCUUGGUUAAUGGAAAAUACACGCAAUCAUGCCAUUGCCGAAAACGUCAAAGAUAUCUAUCAAUGUGGCACGUUUGCACCAGCCCGGGCUUGCAGCAGCACAUAUAGGAUAGGAUCAUCGCCACCAUAUCCAAGCUCAUUACAUCGGCCUCAGUGGCAGACUGUCACCGACGGUCCGCAUGACGCAUCCGUUAGGGAGCCAACAGCACAAUACCCGACCAAACCAGCCAGCAGUUCUGUGCCAGGGCAAUCCAGACAAGCAACAUCCAUCCCAAUCGCCAACAUCAUCGAUGAGGAGAAUUGCAUCCCCGAACCCUGCCGACCAAAUAACCCACUAAAACGAAAGGCAGAGGAAAUGUCAAUACCAGAAGUCCAUGUCCCCGGGGACCCCGAUGGAGAUGAAUACCUACCCGACGCGCAGCCGCAGUAUAUCAUCCCACCUCCAUCUACCUUAACCUCAGCGUCAAACUCUCAAUCGACUUACUCAGUCGUCGAUAAACAGGAGGGCCAGGACCCCCCUACCUCUACGGAGCAGAGUGAAAUAGCACCUCCACAGAAGAAGGUGAAGACGGAGCCGUCUCCUGCCCGCGGGAGUAAUUUUGCCCGCUAUGCCGCCAGCGCGCUGGUGGGCGCUGCGGUUGGUGGUAUUGGUGUUGUUGCCGCUCUAGCGGCUCUGCCGCCGGAGUUUUUUGCCUAA